UGCAGUUGGCAGUAUGGAUUCCUUCUAUGGGAACUUAUCGGUGGUACAUGAAGCUAAAUCAUGGAUGCUGCCGUGUUUGACCCUCCAGAACAUGCGCACUGGGUACCUAAACGUGAAGGGAUGAAUAAAGAAUAAAUAAAAAUAAAUCAUAUAUCCAUUCUUCUGUGCUGCUCAGAAAAAAAUCGUCUCUGGAGAGGACUUAGUUCAGUUUGCAGACAUUUUAGAAUUUCAAUUUUGCGUGGUUAAAUUUAUAGUUGGGACUUGCUUUUUGGCACCAGAAGCUAAUAAACUACGACAAGGGGAGCAACCAUACAGUCUAUUGUUGCUGUCUGAUCACAGACUGUAUAAAAUAUCUGAUACAGUUUCGUGGAAGUAGCAGUUCUGUGAGGAAGCGCUCAAUUUCUUCUUCUUCUUCUACAUUCCACAUUCAGCCUGACAAAUCUACAUUGCUGCCAUCUACUGGACCGGAUAGCAUUAUUCACUGGGCGUGAAGUUAGCGUAGACUCUCUGACGUAGAGUUCAGUGCGUGCAUUCGACGCCUUUCGCUGAUUGGAUUACAGCACAGAAUCUCUGUCGGAGGACCAAUGAGUAUGUGCAGUCGUGGUUCCGGAAGACGUGGCGAUUACUGCAGAAGUUGCUAGCUAGUCAGCUAGCAGAAGCGUCAACAGGCAGGAUCAUUUUAAAGAAAGUUAUAAGUGGAGCAUUUAAGCCAGCGCAAAAAUGAUCUCUCUAACGGAUUCACAGAAAAUUGGAAUGGGAUUAACAGGCUUUGGAGUGUUUUUCCUAUUCUUUGGAAUGAUCCUGUUUUUUGACAAGGCACUCCUUGCCAUGGGAAAUAUCUUGUUUGUGGCUGGCCUGUCAUUUGUCAUCGGGUUGGAGCGGACCUUCAGGUUCUUCUUCCAGAAACACAAAAUGAAGGCUACGGGCUUCUUCCUGGGGGGCAUAUUUGUGGUGCUGAUUGGUUGGCCCGUGGUUGGGAUGGUCCUGGAGAUUUAUGGAUUCUUCCUCUUAUUCAGGGGCUUCUUCCCAGUGAUCGUAGGCUUCAUCAGGAGGAUUCCUAUCCUGGGGUCCUUGCUAAAUCUCCCAGGAAUUAGUGGGCCUUCCUAAGGCUGUGAAGACCAUCUGCAGGCAUGUUUGUGGAUAAAGUUGGAGAGAGCAACAACAUGGUAUAACAGUGACAAGUUUUUAUUUAUUAAUGUUUUUAUUUUGAAGAUCAUUUCAUUCGUAUUUUUUUUUUUUACAAAACUGGUAAAAUAUUCCCCAAAGUUGAGGUUACAUCAUCCGAUCAGGAGAAUACUGAUCAUUUUUCAAAUUGAGAGGGCAAUUACAUUUUUUUAUAUUUUUUUUGUCUAUGUCGCUGUUCAAUUACUUCUGUAGCGUGGGCAAGUCGCCACGCCCAGUUACCAUGGAACACUGUUACUAAGAGACUUACCUGAAGGACAAAAUGUGUCCUAUGAGGUUCCAUAAGUGGCCUCUCCGCAUUGCCCUCCAUAUCAUUGGAGGACCAGGAGCUGUAUGAAUGUGACAAACCACGUUGGUUCUUCAACAGACAUCAGGAUUUCUGUGGAAUGUACCAAGAAUCACAAUAGCUUCUGAGCUAUGGGACAUGUCGGGAUUGUUACAGCAGUCAUUCUCCUCUUCUGUUUUGUGCCUCUGUCUCUCCUUUCCUUUGGAGACAAUUUUAGUUGUGGAAUAAAUCCCUGACUGCACACACCUCGGUAUGAACUCAGUUCCCAACCUUUUGAUGAUAUACUUUUUUUUAACCAACCAUUUUUUUAAUAUGGCAACUGGAAUGAACUCCGUUCCACUUCACCCUGCUCAGCAGAACCAAAUAAUGCACAAGCACUUACUGUAUGUACAACGAGCGCAAAUGCAGGUAUUGCAGUAUGUGGGUUUAACUGAAUCAAACUUUUUAUCUGUGUCAAAGUAUUUAAAGAUAACGCAAAAGCAGCCUUUGUUUUUUGUGCAACUUUUGUAAAUACAUGUUUGAAAUAAAAAAGUGAAAUGUG